GUCUUCUCCCUCCACCCCUUUCGUGAGGCAUCAACUACCAAAACGGCAGAAAGAAAGCAUGUAAAAUCGCCAUUUCCUGAGUCGUCCUGCCCCAAUUUGGAUUUCCCAGAAAUCCCUUUUCUCUCCUGAAGUAGAGUUUACCAUUCUUGAACAAAUACUUGUAUCGUAUGGGGAUUGGAGGUCACUUCUGGGAAUUGCUAAAACCCUAUGCCAGACAUGAAGGCUUCGACUUCUUGAGAAAUAAAAGGGUUGCUGUAGACCUCUCUUAUUGGAUCGUCCAACAUGAGACCGCCAUCAAAGCCCACACUCGUGAUCCUCACCUCAGACUCACCUUUUUCCGUACCAUUAAUCUUUUCUCUAAGUUUGGGGCAUUUCCAGUAUUCGUACUGGAUGGGACCCCAUCGCCUUUGAAGUCUCAGGCAAGAAUCCAGCGAUUUUUUCGAGCGUCCGGCAUUGAUUUGUCGAGUUUGCCAGUAGCUGAAGGGGGCAUUUCUGUUCAAAGGAACCAGGCAUUUAAGAAAUGCGUCCAAGAAUGUGUUGAAUUACUUGAACUUCUUGGAAUGCCGGUUCUGAAAGCAACAGGGGAGGCUGAAGCAUUGUGUGCCCAAUUAAAUAGAGGAGGACAUGUUGAUGCAUGCAUUACUGCUGACAGUGAUGCAUUUCUCUUUGGGGCGAAAUGCGUCAUUAAACGCCUCCACCCUAACUCCAAGGAGCCAUUUGAGUGCUACCAUAUGGUGGACAUCGAGGCCGGUCUUGGACUCCAGAGAAAACACUUGAUUGCAAUUUCUCUUUUGGUUGGGAAUGACCACAAUAUGAAUGGUGUACGAGGGAUUGGUGUUGAUACAGCACUGCGCUUUGUCAAAACUUUUAGUGAAGAUGAGAUUCUGAAUAGGCUGCGUGAAAUUGGCAGAGGCGACAAGAUUGUCAUCCCUGGGAAUCUCAACUCAGAAGGUGAUUCUGUACAUAGUUUAGAGGAGGCCUAUCAUAAGCCAAAACUUCUUCAUUGUUCACUAUGUGGUCAUCCAGGAAGCAGAAAAGCUCAUCUCAAGUCUGCUUGUCAAUAUUGCAGUUCUGUCACUGGUGAAGGUUGCUUAAAAAAACCGCAGGGGUUCAAAUGCCACUGCUCUGCCUGCAAUUUGGAGCAAAAAGCCAAAGAGCAGCAAAAGAAAGAAAAUUGGCAACUAAAGAUUUGCAAGAAGAUUGCUUUGGAGCCUAAUUUCCCAAAUUUGGAGAUUGUGGAAAUGUACUUGAGAGAUAAGAAUGGAAUAGAUGAUAAUCAUCAAAUAGUAUGGGCAAAUCCCAAAACAGAAAUGCUGAUUGAUUAUCUAGCUUAUUCUCAGCAUUGGGAGCCAUCUUAUAUACGACAGAGAAUGCUUCCAUUUCUGUCAACUAUUUUCUUGAGAGAGAUGGCGUCAGAUCCAAAUACUGAGUUGUUAUGCGGCCAAUAUGCUUUUCAUUCUAUUCACCGCAUGAAAGUUAGAUAUGGACAUCAACUCUACGUAGUUAAAUGGAGGAAAGCUGCAAGAACAGUGGCUGAUGCUGUUUACACAACCCCUGAAGAACCCAAUGCACAGCAGGAGCUCGGGGAAGCCAAUGACUCCAUAGAUCUAUUAGACGAGGUAGAUGUUCCUCAGAUUCACAUUGAUGAUGGUUGCUGGUACUUAUUGACUGAUGAAGAUACGGAGCUCGUCCGAAAUGCCUUCCCUGAAAAAGUGGAUCAAUUUCUUAAAGAACAGGAAUUAAGAGAAAUGAAGUCAAAGAGAAAGAAACCAAAAUCAGAAUCAACACCAGGUGUCCAGCUCAGCAUCACAGAGUUCUACCGUUCAUCUAAAGUUGUUUGUGGAAAAAAGCCUCGGGAGAAUGCAGAUGAAGGUUCAGAGAACAAGUCAGGAUCUUCUGAUAGAGAGAGAAAAGGAAAGAGUCCUAAUUUCUCCAAGUCAGCCAGGCGUCGCCUGUUGUUUGGAUAAGCAAUAAUCUUAAUGUGCCGAGCCAGUCCCGUUGCAUCUUCAAAGCAAGUUAAUCUUAGUAUGACAUGUAAAUUAUCUUUGCUUAUUAUAUAGGCUUUUGAUCAACAAUCUCAAGUGCAAAUGGCUAAAUUUGGGUCUUAGCAAAAUGAUGUUAGUUAUGUGGAGUGACCAUGAUUUUCAAUCUAAAUUAUUUGGGUUGAAGUUGCUAAGAUUGUUUUCUAAGAUUUCGAAAUCAAGAUUAGCUUGCUCCAUGGUCCGCCAUUGCUGAUUGAAGAUUCUUUGAUUGUUUAGAGCUUGCACCAGAAAGAGGCUAUGAUGUCGUGUAAGCAGAAAUGAA